AUGGAGAAGAAUCAGGCCGAGCCAGAAAAGAACAUAAGUUACACAAAACUUGCAUUUUUCUUUUUCGUAAUAAGAACAGUAGUAAUAGGUCUGGCCUUACUAUCGGGACCAUACUUUGCACUAGAUGACGAAACAACAACAUUCAAGAUGUUUAUAAUUUUCUUGGACAUAACAAACAUAUUACAGUUUAUAUUUCAAUGGGACAUAAUUCAGCGUAAGAUUCUAUUUCAAUAUCUUCUAUAUAUUCCUGUCCUUGCUUACUCUCUGACUCUUACAAUCACGUUAAUAGUUGAUGCACACAAUACUAACAGUUGUAACUUCAAAGUAGAAGGUAAAAUUAAGAAAUUAGCUAUUGGAUAUAUCUAUACAUAUAUGGGAAUUCUUCUUGGGGAAGUUGCUCUCCUUCCAAUCAUAUACAGAAGACUCAAGAGUGACUUUAUGUGGGCAAACUUCAAAAAGCUAGGAGCUAACACAGCUAUUAAUGGUAAGUGGAGAUAA